GGGGAAGCGGCGAGCGGGGCGCGCGGCGGGACCGGGUACGCGGCGGCCGCGCUCCGGCGCUCGGCAGCGGUGCUGAGCCCGCAGGAUGGCCUCCUGCCCGCGCCUUUGAAGUUCCGCAAGGACAACGGCUGGGGGGGACACAUGGAUACGGCUGGCAAGGGCAGCAAGGCAAAGGGGGGGUCCGUGCGCUUCGCCCCCAGCCACCCUCCCGAGGGAGCCCACGGCCACGUCCACUUCGAGGAGAAGCUCCACGACUCGGCAGUGAUGGUGACGCAGGAGAAGGACGGCAGCUUCCUUGUCAAGGUAGGAUUCCUGAAGAUCCUCCACAAGUACGAGAUCACCUUCCUGCUGCCGCCGGUGCCGAGGCUGGGGAAGGACAUCUGCGCCGUUCCCCUUCCCAACCCCAACCUCCGCGUCAUCGGUAUCGCCGCCCUGCCCGAAGGUCACAGCGUGAAGUGUGAGUACACGGCACACAGGGAGGGGGUCCUGAAGGAGGAGAUGGUCCUGGCCAGCGAGACCGGUGACGGCGCCUGCCUCAAGGUUGUGGUCCAAGCCCGCGUCAUGGACCGGCACCACGGCACGCCGAUGCUCCUGGAUGGCGUCCGCUGCGUCGGCGCCGAACUGGAGUACGACUCAGAGCAGAGCGACUGGCACGGCUUCGAUUAGGAGCUCCGUUCCCACCCCGCCUGGUUCCCAGGACGCUGCCCACCGCUCCGAACCCCAGAGACCACCCCGAAGCCACCCCGGGGGGGGCCGCGGCUCAGCGCCCGCCGCCCGCUGAGGGGGUGCGGCUGGCGGGGUCCCGGGGGGGCGGCUGCCCCGGCUGCUGCUUUGCCCCCACCCUCCUGCCCCCAUUGCCCCGGACGCCGGGGGGCGCCUCAGCCCGGGGGGGGCAUUCCCGGGCCGGGAGGGAGGGAGGCAGGGACGCACCGCUGCCACUGCCACUGCCACUGCCACUGCCCGGCCAGCGCCUUCGCCUCCUCGUUUGCCUUUUUUUUUC